AUGGUCUUCACUCCUCAUAAAGGGGCGGGAGAAUUACCCGCAAUUCCUGAUAAUAUUCCUAUCAGCGAAUUUAUGCUCAACGAUCAAUAUGGAAGAAAUCCACUACAAAAGUCAAGAGACCCCUUCACUUGUGGAAUUACUGGGAAAUCCUACUCAGGAGCCCAGGUAGCGGAGCGAGUCGAUUAUCUAGCUCGGGCACUAGCAAAGGAGUUCAACUGGUCCCCGAAUAAGGGUACCGAAUGGGACAAAACAGUAGCAGUCUUCAGCGUGAACACGAUUGAUACCCUUCCUUUGUCCUGGGCCACCCAUCAGUUGGGAGGAAUUGUUUCGCCCGCCAACGCGGCUUAUUCUGCACCCGAGCUGAAGCAUCAGUUGGUUGAUUCCCAAGCAAAAGCUCUAUUCACUUGUGCUCCCUUGUUGUCCACUGCCUUGGAGGCGGCGUCCUUGGCUGGAUUUCCGAAGGACCGUAUCUAUCUGCUUGAAGUUCCCGCCCAACUCACCGGUGGUGCAAGCAUCCCUGCACAAUACAAGACCGUGUCUCAACUCAUUGAAGCAGGAAGAUCAUUACCGAAGUUGGAGAGGCUCGGCUGGAGCGCGGGAGAGGGUGCUCGCCGAACCGCAUUUUUAUGUUAUUCCAGUGGAACAUCUGGUUUGCCUAAAGGAGUGAUGAUUUCUCAUAAAAAUGUGAUCGCAAACAUUUUGCAGAUCUCCGCUUUCGAGAAGGCCCACCGAGAUGCCCUCGCAGCACCAGGAGGUCCCCAGCAUACCGAAGUCGUACUGGGUCUGCUCCCUCAAAGCCAUAUCUACGCCUUGGUGGUUAUGUGUCAUACUGGGCCCUAUAGAGGCGACCAGGUGAUUGUGUUACCAAAGUUCGAGCUAAAGUUAUACCUGGCUGCUAUCCAGAACUUCAAGAUCGCGUCCCUUUUCUUGGUUCCCCCCAUCAUCAUCACCAUGCUCCGAAACCAAGAGGUCUGCAGCAAGUACGACCUCAGCUCGGUGAAAUCAUUGUUCACUGGAGCAGCUCCUCUGGGUAUGGAAACGGCCGAAGAUUUCCAAAAGAUAUAUCCCAGUGUUACAGUCCGGCAAGGCUACGGCCUAACCGAGACAUCCACGGUUGUGGCCUCGACUCACCCCACCGACGUCUUCCUUGGAUCCUCUGGCAAUCUGAUUCCUGGCGUCGAAGCACGCAUUGUUUCCCCAGAAGGCCAAGAAAUCACAAGCUACGACACUCCAGGUGAACUGGUGGUCCGCAGUCCGAGUGUGGUACUAGGAUACCUCAACAAUGAGAAGGCUAACAAAGAAACCUUUGAAAACGGAUGGAUGCGCACUGGUGAUGAAGCAGUUUUCCGUGUGGGCCCAAAGGGAACGGAGCAUGUGUUUAUUGUUGACCGUAUCAAGGAGUUAAUCAAAGUCAAGGGUUUGCAAGUUGCCCCUGCAGAGCUUGAGGCUCACCUACUCACACACCCUGCCGUCGCUGAUUGCGCUGUCAUUGCUAUCCCCGACGAAGCUGCCGGUGAAGUUCCGAAGGCUAUUGUCGUCAAAUCAGCCUCGGCUGAUAAGGAUGAUGAGAAAGUGACACAGUCGAUCAAGAAGUAUGUGGAAGAGCACAAGGCUCGACACAAGUGGCUGAAGGGAGGUAUUCGCUUCGUCGAUGCUGUCCCCAAGAGCCCCAGUGGCAAGAUCUUGCGUCGUUUGCUUCGGGACCAAGAGAAGGAGGAGCGCAGACGUGCUGGUUCCAAGCUAUAG